AUGAGUGGGCACAGGAUGUCAAGCCGGCAUCAUUUGAAGCGCUAUUUGGCUACAGAGCAAGAACAAGAUGAUUUGGAGAGAGUGAUGGGGUGGAUUCAUCCGCAAGCGCAUGCAUGUCAUCCGCCAUCGUUACGCAUGAAGAAGGCCAUCAGAUCCGUAUUGGGCAAAGCUUCCGAGCUUGAUAGGCAGUUUAAGAUUUAUUACAUUGAUGUGAUCAAACAGGAAUAUCUGUGUGAUCAGGUUAAGCGCGAAUUCAAGCAUAUCCAGGUGCUUGAGAGCAAACUUGUAUACCCUGUCACGUAUUUACCAUUUCUCUCCAUUUCAGAUCAACUAGCAAUCGAGCAAACUAUCUGCUCACUAAGACAUUACCUUGUUGACAAUGAUGAUAAUCUCAGGAACAGUCUUGUGGCUGAGUUUGAAACACUGAUGCAAGACGAUGAUUUUGAGUCUGGGUAUCAGAUCAUCGAAUGGCUUUAUACAGCGAAUGCGAAAUUGUUAAGACCGUGGAACCUGGCGCUGGACACUAUUGUUUCGAAAAUAUCUACGUUGUGUGACAAUGAGAUGAGGAGGAAUUGGGAGGCGAAAUUUCUCGUGAUGAAUACUUUCAACAAGUUCAUCAAUCUGUACUGGUCGCAUCUUGCCAAGUUUCUGCAUCUAUCGGAGGAUAAUCACGAUUUCACAAAGGUUCUAUACAAAUGUUUUGAGAAGGAGUUUGUAAGGAUACGAACUGAAGAGAUUUUUGAGAUUGUCGUAGAGAGUUAUCAGGCGGCGAAGACGACGAUCCUUGAAUUGAGGACUUUUAUGAGCGGUUACGAACGUCUCAGCAAACUUGUGAACCAGUUUUUGAAGCAGUUUAAAAUUAAAGUACUGAACCCGAGUGUCAACACUGUGGAGGCCUUAGUGGCCUUUAUCCGAAGCGUCAAAUGUUUUGUAAUCUUGGAUCCGCGAGCAAGGCACAUGCACACGAUAACGAAUUUUGUGAAACCGUUUUUCCAUCAAAGAGGUGAUGCCGUCCAGAUAAUACUAUAUGCGAUCUUAGAUCUGCGAGACGUUGAUUUCGAGAAAAUGGGGGUUUCGCCCGUCAAGGGUCUGAGUGAACUUUCACACGAGUUGAGGGAGGACCCCUACGUGAAUAUCAAUGCCAAAUGCCAGACUCCCACCCCAUCUCCCUCGAAAAUCAGCUCUCCACAUCUCAAUGACAGUUCUUCUAUGGACGUCGACGAUAAAUUGGACGAUGGGACCACAGAUCUGGUAUACAAGCAAGUGUUGAACCAAUUUUGNNNACGUGGACACCACGAGACGAACCAAGGUACGAGGGAUUACGUAGGUGUCAAUGUGAAAUUCUCACAACGGUCGAACCGUACUAAUCUACUAGACCCGCUGUUUGAGCUUUUCGAUAAGAAGGAUGAGUUACUAUCCUGUUUCUUGAAACUGUUGACUCUGAAGUUGUUCAAGUUGUCCGGGUACACGUUGGAGCCGAACUGGAACGAGUGUUACCAGUUGAUCAAAAGGAAAGUGACAAAGGGGGAUGUGGGCGACGGGGGUCCCUUGUCGAGGGACACCGCUGAUGCCCCCGUCAGUUCUAACAACGAACAAGUGCUAUUAAGUUUGAACAAGAUCGAUGUGAUGUUGCAUGAUUUGAGGGAGAACGCGAAGAUCACUCGUCGGCUGCAUAGAACCUCGAUGCUGAACGGUAAUGUGUUCCCCAAGUUUAUCUCAUCGCAGUACUGGAGCUACAGGGACGACACAUUUACUAAAGCAGGGAACAGGGACCAGAUCAAGAUCGAUCCUGUCCUUGAAACAGACAUAUUGCAGUACGGUGGUCGGUUCUGCGAGUUGAAAUACGGUCGAAUGGUUCGGCUUUGUAAAGAGAAGACGAUUUUCGAGAUAGAGUUGACUGUGAAUGACGGGGAGGUGCCCCAAGUGUUUAAAGUGGACGCUAUGAAGUACAGUGUGAUUGAGAAGUAUGCUACUGGGGGCCCCCGCGCAGGGUACACCCCCACGGAGCUCUGUGAACUGUGCGGUAUGGAUAUUGCGGAUGUACAGACCUCGUUAACAUACUGGGUGAAUGCAGGGUUGUUGAGAUUGAGUAGUAGUGGGUACUACGAGUCCACGUCGGAAACUGGGCCGCCACCCAACCGAGGCACCCCGCUAGAGGCAAGCACGAGAGAGUUUCUUGACGGUGUUGUAUGGACCUUCAUUAGAGGAAUGCUAGAAAGUCUUGGUACAUUGUCAUGUGCUGAGAUACACGAGUACCUUGCCGCUACAGUACCUGCGACGAUACGAUACCAAGAGACUGUGACGAUGUUGCAAUUACAGGGGUACUUGGACUACAAUGUACAGAGCACUCAUCUGUUACAACAAACACCUGAAGGGGAGUACAAGUUAAGUUAG